AAUAUACAUGCGACAGUAUGUUUUUUUCCCCUUCUAAUUCUAAACAUCCGGCGGUUUGCUGUUCGGUUGAUAUCUAGCCAAGUGAUAAACUACAGAUUAAGGACAGUUGUAUGGUGAUGGAGGAGGAACAACCUCAAGAGGACUGCGCCCAACCCCAGCCCUCCGCGUCCUGCUCCAAGAAGCCAGACAAGCCCCUCUACCAGCCCAAGAAGAAGCAGGACGGCCCCAAAGAUAAAGCUCAAACCCAGGGAGACGGCAAACCAAAGCCCAGGCCUCGCUACACGGACAAGGCCCGAAAGAAUGCCAAGAACAAGAAGGACAAAGGAGGGAAGACGGGAGGAGAGGGGAAUGGAGUCCUAAACGGUGAGGCCAAACUGGAGGAGACGGUAGAAGAAGGAGGAGGCAACGCGGGGCCACAGAAUGACGGACAGGCUGCUACAGCCAACCAGGGAGGAGAUGGAGAUGUGGGUUCGCGACUGGAGACUGGGAGCAAGAGUUCUCCGUCUGAGAGAGAAGGGGGACCCCGGGAGGGGAUAGAGGCAGGCCCUCAGGAAGAGGAGGAGGAGAGCUGGGACGCUCUCUUUGAUGACGAAGGAGAGUGUUUGGAACCCCAUGUGCUAGAGGAGCUGGCCAUAAAGCAGGGCAGGAAGAAGCGGCCGGUGCAGGAGGCCAGGUUUGACUACUACAGCCUGGAUCAGGACAGAGAGGGGAAUGAUGACACUGAGCUCACGGAGGAUGAGCUGUCUAACAUCAUAGAAAUCUACGACUUCCCCACAGAGUUUAAGACUGAAGACCUGGUCAAAUCCUUCCAGGCCUACCAGCAGAGAGGCUUUGACAUCCAGUUUGUGGACGAUACACACGCCCUGGCUCUCUUCAACAGCCCCAUAGCAGCUCGGGAGGCUCUGAGGACCAAACACCCGCUGUUGAAGGUCAGGUCUCUGGCUAAAGCCUCCGUCACCACCAGGGCCAAGGCUCGCAGCUGCUCAGACUACCUGCUCCCUACUAAGGAGCGUCCCCAGACCAGUGCAGUGUUGGCCCGCAGGCUGGUGAUGGGGGCGCUGGGCGUCAAGAGUCCCCAGAGCAAAGAGCACCGUGAAGCAGAGAGAAAAAAACUGCAAGAUGCCAGAGAGCAGAAGCGUCUGGCAGCUAAACAGAGAGACGAUGCCUGGGAAGGGAAAGCCUGACGGAGAGGAACCACUUCCCCCCGGCUUCUGCCCUCCAUCCCAUCCUCCCUCCACCGGAGGGACUAGACACACCUCUGUUCCCUCUGCCCUCCAUCCCAUCCUCCCUCCACCGUAGGGACUAGACACACCUCUGUUCUCCAUCCCAUCCUCCCUCCACCGUAGGGACUAGACACACCUCUGUCCUCCAUCCCAUCCUCCCUUCACCGUAGGGACUAGACACACCUCUGCCCUCCAUCCCAUCCUCCCUCUACCGUAGGGACUAGACACACCUCUGUCCUCCAUCCCAUCCUCCCUCCACCGUAGGGACUAGACACACCUCUGUCCUCCAUCCCAUCCUCCCUCCACCGUAGGGACUAGACACACCUCUGUCCUUUAUCCCAUCCUCCCUCCACCGUAGGGACUAGACACACCUCUGUCCUUUAUCCCAUCCUCCCUCCACCGUAGGGACUAGACACACCUCUGUCCUUUAUCCCAUCCUCCCUCCACCGUAGGGACUAGACACACCUCUGUCCUCCAUCCCAUCCUCCCUCCACCGUAGGGACUAGACACACCUCUGUUCCCUCUGCCCUCCAUCCCAUCCUCCCUCCACCGUAGGGACUA